UCUCACGUUAGAGGAAAAGGAGGAAAAAUUAAAACAGAGCAAAGCAUAUCUUCCCAACUCUUCAAAAGAGAGGGAGACAGAGGCAGAGAGACUGUACCAAAAUCCCAAUCCCAACCCGCGAAGCCAAAGAGCCAUGAGAGCUCCUAAUCCAAUUCACCACCCCUCUAAGUCGGGUGCAGCGGAGGACUACCCGGACCCGACCCGGCCCACAAUGCCAGGGAUGGGCAUGUCGGUGGCCGCCGGGAUGCGGAAGAAAGGCCUUGGUGUGCGCCCAUGGCUGGUUCUGGACGCCAGCGGCCAAACCCAGGUGGUAGAGGCGGGCAAACACGCCAUCAUGCGCCGAACGGGUCUACCCGCCCGUGACCUUCGGAUCCUGGAUCCGCUUCUUUCGUACCCGUCUACGGUACUGGGUCGAGAGAGAGCGAUCGUGAUCAACUUGGAGCACAUCAAGGCCAUCAUCACCGCUCAGGAGGUCCUCUUGCUCAAUUCCAGAGACCCAUCUGUGACGCCAUUUAUUGAUGAGCUUCAGCGGAGGCUUUUGCGCCAUCACCAAGCCACCACCAAACCCGCCAAAACCCAGGAUAAGGAGGGCAAUGGUGAAGAAUCAAAUUGGUAUGACAUGGAAGAGGCAGAGGCUGAUGCACAAUUGAGACGUGUUGUUGGUGGUAAUGAUGAAGAUGAGGCAACAGGGAAGCAAGGUCUGGAGGAGAAUCGUGAUGCGUUGAAGGUCCUGCCUUUUGAGUUUGUUGCAUUGGAGGCAUGCCUUGAGGCUGCAUGCAGUUGCUUAGAGAAUGAAGCAAGGACAUUGGAGCAAGAAGCUCAUCCAGCUUUAGAUAAGCUCACUUCAAAGAUUAGUACUCUCAAUUUGGAACGUGUCCGCCAGAUCAAGAGUCGCUUGGUUGCAAUUACCGGCCGCGUUCAGAAGGUGAGGGAUGAACUAGAACACUUGCUUGAUGAUGAUGAAGAUAUGGCCGAGAUGUAUCUAACUGAAAAGUUGGUUCAACAACAUUUUGAAAAUUCGACCACUUCAUCUUUGAGUGAGAGAGAGGACAUGGAUAAUGAAGCUCCACGAAGAGACAUGGAUGACAGGAUUCCUACUGAAAUCUCAUUGGAAGCUUCCGGGGGUUCCUCCAAUUUUGAAGGUGAUCUUCAAAACCCUGACAAUCCCCAGCAUCAAUUCCUUAGCAGGGACAGCCAUGGGAACACUACUAGUUCCACUCAUAGUGCUAUGGGAAAGGACCUUGACGUAGAGGAGCUUGAAAUGCUUUUGGAGGCAUAUUUUGUGCAAAUUGAUGGUACACUAAACAAGCUAUCCACGCUGAGGGAGUAUGUCGACGACACAGAGGAUUACAUCAAUAUAAUGUUGGAUGACAAACAGAAUCAUCUCCUGCAAAUGGGGGUCAUGUUGACCACAGCAACCCUGGUAGUGAGUGCCUUUGUUGUUAUAGCUGGUAUCUUCGGCAUGAAUAUCAAAAUUGAGCUGUUUGAUUCAGAAAAAGCAGGGAUGCGAGAGUUCAUGUGGACUGUUGGUGGCAGUACUGGUGGGACCAUAUUCUUAUAUGUGAUUGCUAUUGGAUGGUGCAAGCAUAAACGCUUACUGGAGUAGUGAUGCCAAGCCCCUUUAUGAUUAAGAAAAGAACCUCAAAUUGAAGUGUAUGCCGCCUUUUGGUAGACAUCCUUUAUACAGACAAAUACCCAACUCUCUAUACAGCUUACUUCUUUGUUUACCAUACGUAAUGCAAAUAUGCAUGUAAUAAAUAAUAAUCAGCAUUUGCAUUGUUCUUUAGUUUGGUAAGAGAAUAAUGUUUCAGGGUGUGUGGUUGAUCUAAAAUGGUGAUCCCUCAUACCCUGUGUUCUGUGACAACUCCUGAUCAUUAAGUGGAGUUGUAGUCGAGAAAUCGGUAGCUGCUUAUGAAGAUCGGAAUCAAGUUGGAGGAAUAUUAGGCAACCUGAAUUGGCCGAACUCAACUUGCAACCCUACCAGUCUAAUAAGAGCGGUUGAUAGAUUUCAUUUGGAGUUAUGUUAGAGAAGUUAGCAUUGUACUUUUGACCUUUAUUCACUCAAUAUCAAAAGCCUUGAAUAUUCGGAUAUGCUUAUGAAAGCAUCUUGUAUGGCAUUUCAAGCUUUUUCAUGUAAAUAUCUAUGUACUUCGAAUUUGAGAUUGGUAGUGGUUGGGUUCCUUCUUGCA